AUGCAUAUCCCGUCUUUCCGUCAGGCUGCCACCGUUGGCAUGGCCGUCUAUGCCAUCGCCGCUAUCGCUGCUCCAGUCGCUGAGCCUGAGCCCAUUGAUGCAGCUGAACUUACGGAGACUCUUAGUGAUGCUGUCGUCGCACGCAACGAAGCUAGCAUGAACGAUGAUUUGGAGGCACGCGACAACAAGAAAAACGAGAACAAGAAUGAUCGCGAUCGAGAUGGGUAUCGUAACUGCAGGCGAGGGGGGAGAGGAGACAGAGACAAAGAUUGCAACGGAUACGGCGGAUAUGGCGAUGGCGAUGACUACAACUCCUACGGCAACGGGCAUGGAGGUCAAGGCGGAUACAACGGUGGAUACGGAGACAAUGGGUACGGUGGUCGUGGCAAGGGAGGCUAUAAGAAGGGCCCGAAGAAGGGUCCCUGGCGCCGCGAUGUCGAGAACUUUGGUGGUCCCGACCCUUGGGAUUUCUACGACAACUGA